AUGCAAAUUUUCGUCAAGACCUUAACUGGUAAGACCAUUACCUUAGAAGUCGAAUCUUCCGACACCAUUGACAAUGUCAAAUCCAAGAUCCAAGACAAGGAAGGUAUUCCACCUGACCAACAAAGAUUAAUCUUCGCUGGUAAGCAAUUAGAAGAUGGUAGAACUUUAUCUGACUACAACAUCCAAAAGGAAUCUACUUUACACUUAGUCUUAAGAUUAAGAGGUGGUGGUAAGAAGAGAAAGAAGAAGGUUUACACCACCCCAAAGAAGAUUAAGCACAAGCACAGAAAGAACAAGUUAGCUGUCUUAACUUACUACAAGGUUGAUAACGAAGGUAAGGUUGAAAGAUUAAGAAGAGAAUGUCCAGCCCCAACUUGUGGUGCCGGUAUCUUCAUGGCUGACAUGAAAGACAGACAAUACUGUGAUGAAAACAUAAAGAAGCUUCUAUCGGCUGAUAACUUCCUCAAUGGAUUAUCAGUCAAUGAUUUCAUUGAAGAAAUUAGUAAAGAUCAUAUUCUUAAAGAUACUGAAGUGAAUCAAUUUGAAUACCUUGAUCCUAAACCAUAUAUAAGAACAUUUGAAUCGGUAUUGCGAGAAUUAAAGCAAUUAAGCAUAGAAGCCAAUGAUCAACAAAUCAGGCAUGAAAAGCUUGUAGAUGAAUAUGAAUUGAAACAUAGUGAGAAUGUUAUUGAUUUAGAUAAACAAGUUAAAGCAGCAACAACCAAAUUUGACACAUUAGAUUCCCAGAUCCUGGAGAUUGCUCAAAAGUUAAAUCCAUUGGGGAUGCUGUUAAAUAAGAUUACAAAUUCACGAGAUCGAUCAACCGAGACUAUCUUUUUAAUCAGAGCAUAUCAUGGGUUUUAUACCAAAGGUCAAUAUGAACCGUUGGAAGGUUUACGUACAAGUAAGAAAUUCGAAGAUCGAGUAAAAUGUGCCAAAACUGUUGCCAAUUUGAUUACGUUAGCUAAAAAGAUUGCUAAUGAACAACAACCACUUACUAAAAAAUGCAUUACUUCAAUUGAACAAUAUGGAGAAGAAAUGGAGAAUAAAUUAUUAGAUCGAUUUGAAGUUGCUUCAGAAGAUGGCCAAUUUGAUGAAAUGAAAGAGAUUGCCAUGAUCUUAUUUGAAUAUAACGAUGGGACCCACGUGAUACAAACGUUUGUCAGUAAGAAUGAUAUUGUUGAAGAUGAAAAGACUUCGGCCUUACUUAAUGAUGAAGCUACCUGGAUUAAAAUAUCUGAUCCAAAUUAUAAUGAACCUCAGAUUAGAGAUGAAGUAGUUGCAUCUACAUUGGAUAACUUACGGUUUGAAAUAAAGUCGAGAGCAAGAAUAAUACAACAAGUUUUUGAAGAUCCUACUCCUGUACUUAAGAUUUUUAUUCAAAGAAUGUAUGCUCAGAUAAUACGCAACAAGGUGAAUGGAUUACUCCAAUAUUCGUUAUCGGUUGGAUCUUUGGCACAUGUGAGAAUAUUGCAUUCACUUUCUGUCCUCUUGGGAGAUUUUACCAAAGAUGUUAAGGAUUUUCUUGUUACUAAUGAACUUGAUCGUGAUAAUGAAUUGAGUCAUAUCCUUGAUCAAUCCCUUUCGGAUUUAUUUAUUGAAUAUACUCGAGAUGAAGUGUAUUUCUCACGUGAGAAGAAGAAUCUUGAAGAAACGAUUUAUGAUAUUGUACACAGGUUCAAUACUCUUAAUGAAACGGUGAUUAAUAAUCAUGCUCUUGCUACCAAAUUGGAUAAUUUGGAAAAUUUUGAAUAUACCGAAAAACCACAGGAAAAUGCCGAUAGAUUCACGUUUAAUUUCUUAGAAAGGAAACGAAUGACUCAAUUCAAAGCAUAUGUGAAAGCAAAAUUAAGUGAUAAACCAACAAAUCGUUCCUCAAGUGAAAUCGAUAGGGUAAGUCGUGAUUUGGAAGAAUAUACAAAGAUGAAUUCCGGAAAAGUUGAAAUUGUCUUAAAAUCAUCCGUUGAAUCUAUAGCCAGAUUACUUGAAUUAGCCCCUCUGAAAUCUGCUCAAUAUUCACUUGAAAUCCUUGAAAUUUUAAUUAUUGAUUUUGGUAAAUUAUAUAUCGGUGCUGGACUUGAAGUUAUUUAUGAUCAACUGCAUCAACAAGUCGCCAAAGCCCAACUGACGCAAGAGUUUGAAUUGGAAUAUAUUAAGUCAUUUAAUGUCGUUAGUGAGAUUCUUCUUCUUCUUGCAUCAUGUGUCAAGAGAAUAAUUCUUCCUUGUGCAACCAAUGCUCCCAAUAUCAAGAAUAGAAUGAGUACGCUUUUGAAUAAUUAUGUUUACCAAUGUGAACAAAGUUUGAAUUUGAUCCUUGCCGAGACAUUGGAGAUGUUUAAAUCCAGGAUUCUGUUUUUAUUAUCAAAACAAAAGAAAAAGGAUUUUAAUUGUGAUAAUAUUGAAGAAGAUACCGAAACAUGUGAAUUAAUUAGUGAUUUCUUGAUUGAUGUUCAAAUUUCACUUAAAAAUGCCAUGAGUGGGACCAAUUUGGAAAAUGUACUUAUUAAGAUUGGAAUGGAAUUAUUGAGUCAAUUAUUAGAGCAUUACAAGAAAUUCACAGUUAAUUCAAUUGGAGGUAUUGUUUUAACUAAAGAUGUAAUUCGUUAUCAAAGUAUUAUUGAUGAAUGGGGUAUUACUGAAUUAUCUGAACAAUUCCAAAUCUUGAAAGAAAUUGGGAAUUUGUUUACAGUACAAUCUGAAUUAGUUAAUUCGUUGGUUACAGAGGGUCAAUUGGCAAGCAUGAAACAAUAUGCUGUUCGUCAAUAUAUACAAAAGAGAGCGGAUUUUAAUCCUAGUUAUGCGGAUAGACUCUUUAAAUUUGGUGGUACUUAG